AUGAAGUGCCGGAUGGUGUGCAAAGAUGUGUCUGCAGAGACAAUGUACGAUGUGCUCCAUGAUCUUGAAUAUAGAAAAAAAUGGGACUCCAAUGUCAUAGAGACCUUUGACAUCGGGAAACUCACGGUCAACGCGGAUGUUGGCUACUACUCAUGGAAAUGUCCGCCGCCCCUUCGAAACCGUGACGUCAUCACCCUGCGCUCUUGGCUGCCAAUAGGCCGAGAUUACAUCAUCAUGAACUACUCUGUCAAGCACUCUAAAUACCCUCCUAAAAAGGACGUUGUUCGAGCCGUGUCCCUUCAGACUGGCUACAUGGUCCAGAGUCAGGGGCCCGCCACCUGCACCCUGACGUACAUGGCCCAGGUCGAUCCCCGAGGUGCUUUACCUAAGUGGGUUGUCAACAAGUCUACCCACUUCCUUGCUCCUGGUGCAAUGAAGAAGAUCAACAAAGCAUGUUUGAAGUAUUCAGAUUGGAAACAGAGACACAACCCGGGCCACAAACCCUGGCUCUACCCUGAACAGACAACAUUACCCAGCAUCCCCCUGUCAGACCUGAGCAUUCAGCAUGCCGAGAGCCUGGAGAAUAUUGAUGAGAGCGGCUUGGCUGAGACCCAGGAUAGAGAAGACGGCCACUGA